AUGGCUUUCAUGGAGCAUUCAGCACUGACCCCUCACCGCCGGGAGCUCUGUAGCCGUACCAUCUGGCUAGCGAGGAAGAUUCGUUCAGACCUGACCGCUCUUACGGAAUCUUACGUGAAGCAUCAGGGCCUGAACAAGAACAUCAACCUGGACUCUGUGGAUGGAGUACCAAUGGCAAGCACUGAUCAGUGGAGUGAGCUGACUGAGGCAGAGCGACUCCAAGAGAACCUCCAAGCUUAUCGGACCUUCCAUAUUAUGUUGGCCAGGCUUUUAGAAGACCAGCAGGUGCAUUUUACCCCAGCUGAAGGUGACUUCCAUCAAGCUAUACAUACCCUUUUACUCCAAGUUGCUGCCUUCGCUUACCAGAUAGAGGAGUUAAUGGUGCUGUUGGAAUGUAAUAUCCCUCCCAAAGAUGCUGAUGGGACACCUGUCAUUGGAGGUGAUGGUCUCUUUGAGAAGAAGCUGUGGGGCCUGAAGGUGCUACAAGAGCUUUCACACUGGACAGUGAGAUCCAUUCAUGACCUUCGUGUCAUUUCUUGUCAUCAAACUGGAAUCCCAGCACAUGGGAGCCAUUAUAUUGCUAACGACAAGGAAAUGUAG